CGGAAGUGCUUGGAAGGAAGGAAGGAGGGAGGGGCGGCGCCUUGGAACCUUGCGAGUCGUGAUGGCGGCGCUCGGGAAGGCCGGUGACUGAAGUUAUCUCAAGGAAGAAAAUACCAAAAAUAUUUCAGUGUAAAUUAUUGGGAUUUUGGAAUAUAUUGGAUCACAUCUACAAAUACUUGCCAUCCUCUCUAUCCACAGUUCUUUUUAUCUGGCAGUUUCUGUAAUAGAUACUUACAGUCUACCAGAAGAACCACUACAACCCAUUAUUUUCUUGUGAAGACUUUUUUAAACCAUGGCUAGCCAGGUAAGAUCACUUGAUGGGAAUGAAACCGCAAUUGUAACACCUAUGGGGAAUCCACAUUCAUACGCAGAGCUGUUGGCAGAUGUUAAACAUAACCCUAAUAUUUCUGGGAGAGGGCUGGCGGUGGGAGGGGCUUAACCCCCCAGGCUUUCCUCAGAACAAUUUCUGACAGAUUGUUCUCCCCUGCUGUGGAAUCAUUAAUCCAACUGAACCAGCUUGGGGCAGAACAAGAAGCUUUGCUUUCUGCACUGCUGCACAGUGGUGGGACUUUCCUAUAACAUCCUUUAGGAUGCCUUCCCUGGAGCAAUAGAAGCCAAAUGAUACCAUCCAUGUAAGUAAAUGAAAAUGGUUAAUAUGCCUCCCAAAGAUGAAGGAUAUUGCCAUCAUGCCUUGGCUACUGCUCUCCUUUGCUUUCCCUAUUCAUUUAUCAGCCUCUGCUGCCCUCUUUUGAAUGUGGCAUUUUUGUCACUUGCAUGCCAUUGGUAUGAAAGCUGGGCCCUUGGAUCUGCUUUAUAGUUUUCCUAAUAUUGUUGUUUUCAGGUAGGAGCUACUACCUGAUAGUACAGAAUGUUUGAGGGAAGAGACAAAAUCUUCCUUUAAAUUGAGAUUUUUAAAAGGUGGGAUGGCUAAUGUAACUCUGGAUCUCAUUCACUGGACCUCCUUUGCUAUAGUUUAUCCGAAUGAGUCUCAGAGGAAUCCUAGCGGGGUCCUAUUUGAAGGCAAACCUUACAAAUACAUGCUUGGCCAGCCUCUUAUUGGUUAACUUUUUUUUUGUUGGAAAAUGAAAGAACCCAAGGGAGUCAAAAUGUUGGUGUGAAAAGCGGUCACGCCUAUAGCCAGCUUGACAAAGUCAGGGGAAUAUGGCUUUUCAUACAAUCCUUUGGCUCUGUUAUUUUUGCCAGGCAUUUUCCCCAGAGGCUGCUUUCCCUCAUGGGAGGCGGAGGGAGAGAUGGGACCCCAGGCUUCUGUCAAGGGAAAGGCCAGAAUUUCCACGGCAAGAAUUUGUUAGGGCAGAAAGUUACAGGCCAGAAUUCGCAAUAUUUGUAGGUGAUUUGACUCCUGAAGUGGAUGAUUUCUUGCUUUUUGACUACUUUUUCAAACGGUAUCCAUCAUGUAUAGAUUGUAAAGUGGCGACAGACCUCUUGGGUUAUUCCAGGGGCUAUGGCUUUGUCAGAUUUUCUGAUGAAGGUGAUAUGAUGAGAGGAUUGCAAGAUUGCCAGAAUGCACCUGGUCUAGGUGGAAAACGAAUCCGACUGACGUUAGGAAUUUCUAAAAGAUUGAAAGUAGAAUUUCAGAGAUACCAGGCAUAUAGCUAUAAUGACUAUUACCAGGAUUAUCAGAACUACUACCGUCAGUAUAACUAUGACAGAAAUGAACGCUUUGAUCGCUAUGAACGUGCUGAACGUUUUGAUCGAGGAGGACGUUUUGGUGACCGUUUUUCUGAGCGCUACCCUGAGCAUUUUGGUGACCGUUUUUCUGAGCGCUUUGGUUCUCGUUUUGGUGAACGGUAUUCUGACUACCCAGAAUAUGGAGAUUAUGCUGACUAUGGAGAUUAUCCUGCUGAAUACAGUGAAUACAACUACAACUAUGCAUCUUAUGAAAGGAUGCAGCAAACUGGAAGUAUGGGGCAGCAAGCAAUGAAUGCAGCUGUAUAUCAGGAUCCUUCAAUGAUGUAUAUGAAUGAUGAUCUUAUAACAGAAGAUCCACAGCUCCAUGUAGAUGUUCACAGAAUGAACAGAGAAUUUAUGGUACGAAGCGAAGAACUCUUUGACACACUUAUGAGCUGUCAUUGGCAACCUCUGGAUACCAUCACGUCUGAGAUUCCUACUGCUUAUUAAAAGUGUCUUAUAUUAACAUCAUAGCAUGACUAUUACGACCAAGGUGCUAAAUUGACAUUUCUUCUACAUUACUUUACAUCCUGAGUUUGAAAGCACAGUGUUGUUUUUUUGCUAUGCUUUGAUGCCUUUGUAAUUUUUGUUCAUCACUCAAUAUCUUGAAAUCAUGUAAAUAUUCUAGAAAUGUAAAGAGUUACUCUAAAUAUAGACUUCUUUAUGUAAAUAAUAAAAUUUGUUUCUGCAAA